AUGGGUGAUAGUAAGAAGAAAUUUGCAAUCGCCGGGCUGGCCUCCAUCUUACUGGUGGCCAUGGUGGUAGCCGUGGCAGUAGGAGUUACCCGCAAGAACAGCGCCGAUGGUGCCAGCGUUGGAACGUCCAGCAAAGCAGUACAGGCCAUCUGCUCCCCGACCGACUACAAAGAUGCCUGCGAGAAGAGCCUCGCCAACGCCAACUCCACCGACCCCAAGACCCUCAUCGAGACUGCCUUCAAUUCCACCAUCGACGAUAUAGUCUCGGCCGUCAAGAGCUCCGCCCUCUUGAAGGAGGCUGCCAAGGAUGACAGCACCAAGGCUGCCUUCGACGUGUGCGAUGAAGUCCUCGGCACAGCCGUCGACGAUCUCAAGAGGUCCAUCUCUCGGGUUUCUGAGCUCGACGGGUCCAAGGUCAAUGAGUACGUCGAGGACCUCAAGACUUGGCUCAGUGCCGUCACCACCUACCAGGAGACCUGCAUCGAUGCCUUCGAAAACACCACCGGUGACUCGGGCGAGAAAAUGAAGGAUCUCUUGAAGACUGCCCGACAACUGUCGAGCAAUGCCCUCGCCAUGGUCAACGACAUCACGUCCCUCAUCUCAUCCCUCAACCUCAACAGCCUUAACGGCGGUGGUGCCGCCAGUAGGAAGAUGUUGUGGCACAACGACCCCACCGACUACGAGCCCGGGACUGAGCCUGGUACAUGGCCCAGCCGCCACCUUCUGAGUGUAAGGCCCAAUGCAGUCGUGGCCAAGGAUGGAAGCGGCCAGUUCAAGACCAUCAGCGCUGCCGUGGCCAUGGUUCCCAAGAAGAACGCGGUCCCUUUCCUCAUCUACGUAAAGGCAGGCGUGUACAAGGAGCACGUCGAGAUCCCCAAGGGGGCCCACAAGAUCGUCAUGUACGGGGAUGGCCCACUCAGGACGAUCAUCAGCGGCAGCAAGAACUACGCCCAGGGCACCAAGACCUUCCAGUCGGCCACGCUGGCCGUGAACGCCGACGACUUCUUGGCACGCGACCUCGCGGUCGAGAACACUGCGGGCCCCGAGGGCCACCAGGCCGUGGCUCUCCGUGUGUCGGGCGACCGGGCCGUGUUCUUCAACUGCCACCUCAACGGCUUCCAGGACACGCUCUACGCCCACACCUACCGCCAAUUCUACCGCAACUGCGUGAUCUCAGGCACCAUCGACUUCGUCUUCGGGGACGCACUGUCCAUCUUCCAGAACUGUCGUUUCGUGGUGCGCCGGCCCAUGGACAGCCAGGCGUGCAUGGUCACAGCACAGGGCCGCGUGGACCCGCGAAGCCAAGGUGCCAUAGUCAUCCAGGGUGGAGACAUUGUGGCGGAUCCAGCGCUCUUCAAGGCACCCAAGCCGAUUCAGGUGUACCUCGGCCGCCCGUGGAAGGAGCUGUCGAGGACAAUCAUCAUGCAGGUAAAUAUCGGCGGGUUCAUUGCCCCCGAAGGGUGGUCCCCAUGGAUGGGCAACUUUGCACUCGACACUUUGUACUAUGCUGAGUACCAAAACAGUGGUCCCGGUUCGAACCAAGCGCACAGGGUCCACUGGAAGGGAAUCAAGCACAUUAACCCCAAGACCGCACAAAGCUUCACGCCGGGUAGAGCAUUCGGCGGGGACUACUGGAUUGCCGGCGCACGCAUUCCAUAUGUUCCCAGCAUGUUGUGA